GCUCCAGUAUCAGAGGGACAGAGAGAGGCUGAGCUCCAGUAUCAGAGGGACAGAGAGAGGCUGAGCUUCAGUAUCAGAGGACAGAGAGAGGCUGAGCUCCAGUAUCAGAGGGAAAAGAGAGAGGCUGAGCUUCAGUAUCAGAGGGACAGAGAGGCUGAGCUCCAGUAUCAGAGGGACAGAGAGGCUGAGCUCCAGUAUCAGAGGGACAGAGAGAGGCUGAGCUCCAGUAUCAGAGGGACAGAGAGAGGCUGAGCUCCAGUAUCAGAGGGACAGAGAGAGGCUGAGCUCCAGUAUCAGAGGGACAGAGAGGCUGAGCUCCAGUAUCAGAGGGACAGAGAGAGGCUGAGCUCCAGUAUCAGAGGGACAGAGAGAGGCUGAGCUCCAGUAUCAGAGGGACAGAGAGAGGCUGAGCUCCAGUAUCAGAGGGACAGAGAGAGGCUGAGCUCCAGUAUCAGAGGGACAGAGAGAGGCUGAGCUCCAGUAUCAGAGGGACAGAGAGGCUGAGCUCCAGUAUCAGAGGGACAGAGAGAGGCUGAGCUUCAGUAUCAGAGGGACAGAGAGAGGCUGAGCUCCAGUAUCAGAGGGACAGAGAGAGGCUGAGCUCCAGUAUCAGAGGGACAGAGAGAGGCUGAGCUUCAGUAUCAGAGGGACAGAGAGAGGCUGAGCUCCAGUACUCUUUUAUACAGACGGUAUGCACCGGUUUUCAGACCCAUAUUAAGCCUAUUUCUGGGAUAAACAUGGAGAUUCUCUUAAAGUAUCAUUGCUCAGCAGGGACCACAGUAUGCGGACUCACAGAGAGAAAACACUACUUUAACAUUACAGCGCCACCAUCUGGACAGGAAGCAGAACUGCUCUCACUCGUUCUGUAUAUGCUGUGCUCCGUCAUGUUCUGAAGUACUGUCAGCUGGCUGGUGAGGGCAGUGAGACUGGCUGGUAAAAUGAAAUCUGUUUUCUAGACACACACACACACACAAAGGCACCUGUCUGGAACGUUCUGGUCUCUGAUUGGUUAACCAUAGAGGGAGAGAGAGAGCAACCUGACAAACUGUUCUAAGGUUUCUGAAUCUGAGCCACAAGGUUAGGUUAGGUUUCUGACUGGGAUAAUACCUGUGGUUGGCUGGUCCGGAAGUCUUCACUCUGAAACCAACAAGGACAGGACACUAGAACAGCAGAACCAGCCAACCAGUGCAGCAAAAGCCUAUUCUACAGACAGGUCAGAACAGCACAGGACAUCCUAGAACAGAAACUAGCAUUCUAGAACAGAACAGGGUAUUUUAGAACAGGACAGGACACACUAGAAGAGGUACAGGACAUUCUAGAACAGAACAGGGUAUUUUAGAACAGGACAGGACACACUAGAAGAGGUACAGGACAUUCUAGAACAGAACAGGGUAUUUUAGAACAGGACAGGACACACUAGAAGAGGUACAGGACAUCCUAGAACAGAACAGGGUAUUUUAGAACAGGACAGGACACACUAGAAGAGGUACAGGACAUUCUAGAACAGAACAGGGUAUUUUAGAACAGGACAGGACACACUAGAAGAGGUACAGGACAUCCUAGAACAGAACAGGGUAUUUUAGAACAGGACAGGACACACUAGAAGAGGUACAGGACAUCCUAGAACAGAACCGGGUAUUUUAGAACAGGACAGGACACACUAGAAGAGGUACAGGACAUUCUAGAACUGGACAGAACACUCUCGAGGAUGAGGAACCUCCUGACCACCGAGAACCAGAACUGUUACCGGGAGCAGAUCGAGAAGGAGUGCUACACCCGGCUGGCCUGGAAGAGCCGCUACGGAAGAGACUACCCCACCAGCUUCGUCUCCCAUAGGGCCAAUGAGCAGAUAAGGCUGAGGCUCCCUGAGCUCCCCCUGACCACUAAGACCAUCCUGCCUCCUGUGUUAUCUACCCUGGAGAGGAGGAGAGAGGCUGCAGUGCCCAUGGACAGGUCACUGAGCGAGGCUCCCCUGAUGAGAGAAGUGACACCCCAGACCAAGGAAUCUCUCUACCAGGGUUUUUCCAAGGAGGGGAAGGGGCGCAGCCUGUACCUCCAUACACGCACCCAGAAAGGCCCAGAGGAGAAGUUUGACUACCCUCUACUGUCUUCCUGGGACUACGGAUGGAGACUGGGUGACUAUGGAAGAGACUACAGGUCGCCAGCCAAUGGGAGAUCAGGAGUCGUGAGGAACAAUUUUUACGCCAGGAAUGGAAUAUUCCAUUUUCCCUCCGAAACGGAUCGUCUUGGAUGACGAGCGAAAGGCUUCAUUUUUCAGCUGGUUUUAUACUUUAUUCUUAAAUUCUCUCGAUAUUGAUGAAGAUGAACUUUAAUUUGUUUUCGCUGUAUAAGCAUGCUAUCUCUGUUUGAUUUAUAACAAAUAUAUUCUCUUCUAUAGGAUAUACAGAUGUGUGUUAGCUAUAAAUUAUGUUCAUAUGCAAUUCUUAUGAAAACACUGUUCCUUUACAUAUACAAACUGUUAUAACUGUUGGAGAAAAUGUGUUAUAAUACAUGUUUGGAUAAACGUUUCUCUAGUUAUUUGCUGUCAUGUUUGUGUGGUUUAAACAUUCCUGUGUGAAAAUAAUAGAUGUGAAAAAAUUGCCAAGCAUGAGGAGGAAGCAGGCUGCCACGCUCGACAUGAGUUGGUCACAGGUUCAACUGGUCUCCUAGUAACAAGGAAACCCACAUCUGAAAUGUUGUGGUUUAUAAUUAACAAGCUAGCAUGGUCUGGUCACCUCUUCAUCAGUUGCCUGGUAUAAAUACCCUGACCUAUGACUGGCACGGUAGAGAUUCAUGCUGACGUUUUCAUCCUUUAGCAGGAGCAAUUAGGGUUCAGUGGAGUGGCCUAGCCAGUCUCCAGAUCUCAACCCCAUAGAAAAUCUGUGGAGGGAGUUGAAAGACCAAAUACUUAUUUUCCACCAUAAUUUGGAAAUAAAUUCAUUAAAAAUCCUACAAUGUGAUUUUCUGGAUUUUUUUUUCUCAUUUUG